AUGUCAGGAGGCGGCGGUAGGGCACCUUCCGUCUUUGCUCUCGAGCAGGUCAAUUUUCCUCAUCUCUGCCAUUCUCGCCCAUGUCUCAUCUCUCGUAGCGACCCCUUGAACCUCCUUCUCCCCAACCCCCUCGCCGGCAUGAUACACAAACUGUACGAGGUCUGGAUCACCUGCGACGGCAAACCCCUCCCCGAGUACUCUGUGCGCCCUCAGGGAUCUGACGGGCGACUCGCGACGUGCUACAUCCCCAGCGAGAGCGCAAAAAACUUCGCAAUCCACUGGCACGAUCGCGCAGCCACCGACGACCUCAGCCUCCUCUUCGACAUCGACGGCCAGCGGCUCUCUGUCGGCAAGUUGUGUCGUGCGGGGAGGUGUGGGCGCAAGGCGGGGAUAGUGACGGCUGCUGGCGCGCGCGCGUUCAUGUUCUCGGAGCUGAUGACCACCGGGCCCAUCCACCGAGACCUGGGCUCCAUCAGAGUCAACCUCACCCGCGUGCGUUCCAACGCGAGCCAGGUCGACUUCCUCUCGGAGCAGUUCGCUGGAGUGGGGCCUGUCCACGAGCGAAGCAAGAUGUCCGGGACGCAUGGCGUAGGACUUGGUCACGUCCACUCGCCCCGCACGGUCGCGAAGCGCAAACACGUCAAGGCACCCAAGCCGGUUGAUCCCUCUGAAGGCUGCAUCGCGGUCUUCGUGUUCAACUACAGGCCAUAUGCUGUGCUGCAAGCACAAGGAAUCGUACCCCUGAUGACGCAUUUCCCUUCAAGACCUCUGUCGGUGGAGGAUGACACGCCUGUCCCUGACCUCGUCGAGGUGAAGAAGCGCAGCUGCUCGCCUGACCUUCACACUGUUAUAAAGCGUUUUCAAGAAAAGGAUGAAUACAGCACUUCGUCUGAUGAGCAGGACCUGAUCUUGUCGCCUGCAAAAGCAAAAGCGUCUGAGUCGGAUGACGAACUUGAAGCGCUGCAGGCAAGCCUUCGCUCACUCAGAGCCCCGAUCAAAUCUGACCGUGGUUCAGCGUGA